UUAUUUAAUAAAGUAAUAGGAUUGUAUGCUUUGUUAUUCGAACACCUUAGGAUAGACUUUUCGUGGAGCCGAUUGUAUGAAGCAGUUCGCCGUUGUUCGACUGUUUGAGCUCGAGAUUUUCAGUAAUGGAAACAUUUAAUUGUUGUUCUGUGCAUAACGGGAAUGUCAGCGCUGUUUCGGUCAUCAAUCGCUUGGGCUUAUGUUGCCAAUUCUACCAGAACACCUCUUCUGAGUUCUACUCAAAUUCUUGUACCCACCGUGAGAAAUCUGAAGCUUCUGUGGUAUCAUCAAUGUCAAUCGUAUUAUUCAACGAUGGAUGGACCUGGAGUUUCCAAAAUGUCGAUACCCAGAAGAGAUUUCUCUUGUGAUUCAAACAUUGCUCGAUCAAAUUGGAUGAUAACGGAGCUAUGCCGAAAAGGGAGGAUUGAUGAGGCACGCCAGGUGUUCGAUGGAAUGCCUGAUCCAAAUGUGAUAUCGUGGACUGCGGUGAUUACGGGUUAUUUAAAGUGCGCGGUGAUUGAUGAAGCUAGGAGUCUGUUUGAUAGAUUGGAUGCUAGGAAGAACGUGGUCACAUGGACUGCCAUGGUUGGUGGGUAUAUUAAGGCCAAUAAGAUUCUGGAGGCAGAGAAGCUUUUUAAUGAAAUGCCGAACAAGAAUGUCGUAUCUUGGAACACAAUGAUUGAUGGGUAUGCGCAAAAUGGUCGUAUUGAUUCAGCUUUACAUUUGUUCAAGAAAAUGCCCGAGAGAAAUGUGGUUUCUUGGAACACGAUUAUAACGGGGUUGGCUCAAUGUGGAAGAAUUCAGGAGGCACGAAAGCUUUUUGAUCUUAUGCCUGAAAGAAAUGUGAUUUCUUGGACUGCGAUGAUUGCGGGUUUGUCAAAAAAUGGGAGGAUUGAUGAAGCCAGGGCACUUUUUGAUAGAAUGCCAAAACGUAAUGUGGUUUCUUGGAACGCAAUGAUUACGGGCUAUGCACAGAAUUUGAGGUUGGAUGAAGCUAUUGAUUUGUUUGGGAAGAUGCCCGAGAGGGAUCUUCCUUCCUGGAAUACGAUGAUCACAGGUUUUAUCCAGAAUGGGGAUUUAAGAAGGGCGAAGAAAUUGUUUGAUGAAAUGCCUCGUAAAAAUGUCAUUUCUUGGACCACGAUGAUCACGGGCUAUGUCCAAGACGGACAAAGUGAAGAAGCAUUGAAGAACUUUUCAAGAAUGCUGGCGGCUGAUGGAAUAAAGCCUAAUCAAGGAACUUUUGUGAGUGUCUUGGGAGCUUGCAGCAACUUAGCUGGCCUCAGUGAGGGGCAGCAAAUCCACCAAAUAAUUAGCAAAACAGUCUAUCAAGAUACUGCAUUCGUGGUGUCUGCGCUCAUAAACAUGUAUUCGAAGUGUGGGGAGUUGGGAAUUGCUAGGAAAAUGUUCGAUGAUGCUCUGAUAAGCCAGAGGGAUUUGGUAUCUUGGAAUGGUAUGAUUGCUGCCUAUGCCCACCAUGGAUGUGGCAGAGAGGCAAUUAGCUUGUUCAAAGAAAUGAGGAAAUUUGGAUUCAAACCCGAUGAUGUAACUUAUGUGGGACUUCUCUCUGCUUGCAGCCAUUCUGGUUUAGUGGAUGUAGGGCUAAAAUUUUUUGAUGAGCUUGUCAGAGACAGGUCCAUAAAAAAAAGAGAAGAUCACUAUGCAUGCUUUGUUGAUCUCUGUGGUCGAGCGGGAAGGCUCAAGGAGGCUUUUGAUUUCAUUGAUAGAAUUGGGAGAGAAGCAUCUGGUGCGGUUUGGGGAGCACUUCUUGCUGGAUGUAAUGUUCAUGGAGAUGAGAAUAUAGGGAGAUUGGCUGCAAAGAAACUUUUGGAGGUAGAGCCGGAGAAUGCUGGUACUUAUUUGUUAUUGUCUAACAUGUAUGCAUCUACUGGGAAAUGGGGAGAAGCUGCAAAAGUGAGGUCGAAGAUGAAGGAUGAGGGCUUGAAAAAACAGCCCGGUUGCAGUUGGAUUGAAAUCGGGAAUAGGGUUCAUGUAUUUGUAGUUAGAGAUAAGUCUCAUUCCCAAUCUAAGCUUAUUUAUUCUUUCCUCCGUGAUCUUCAUGCGAAAAUGAAGAAGGCUGAAUGCGUACGAAAUGAUGAUUUAGUAGUUUGCUAGCACCAUCUCCUGUGGUUUAAAAAUGUAGAUUAUAUUAUCCUUCUGUUUGUUGUUAUAAUAAAGACAACAUAUGUGUC